CCCCCUCCAUUACUCGACACACGCUUCGAAGCCUCGGCACAUCCAUAGACUGUAUAAAUAGGGCACAUCUCGUAACAUCACUACUAAAAACCUUUAUUUGUUAUUUGGGGGCACGUGAGAGAAAGGACCUGGGCGAACAACCAAUCAAAGAGCGCUACGACAAUAUUUGGCGACUGACCAUUUUGACGUCAUUACUGCGCGACACGCCGGAUGAAAGAAGGCUAGAAAACACCACAACCUGCAAAAUUGUGGCUGCAGAGUUGAUUGGUGUGGCGACGUUUAAAUUGUGAAUGUCAUUAUGAAGACGUGAAGUGUCAGUAACUACGUAGGGGAAGCCUCGUAUGUUAAAUCCAUUCUGAUAUUCUUACAGACAGAGUUUUAGUAUUUAGUGCCAUCACCGCUUUAUUUCUGACGGCGGGAUGAGUUACGGAUAUGGCGGUGGAGGUGGGAGAAGAGGCAGAAGAGGAGGUCGAGGACACAGAGAUGGAAGUAGAGAAAGAUGGGACAGAGGAGGUGGAGGGGGUUCAAGAGGGCACAGCUCCGACUAUGGCUCAGACCGAGGAGGUGGUGGUGGUGGAGGAGGAGGAGGAGGAGGUGGAGGAGGAGGAGGAGGCGGCGGUGGUGGAGGAGGUGGACAACGGGACCGUCCUCCUCCACACUUGAAGGGCCGUGAGAUAGGUCUGUGGUACGCAAGAUAUGGAGCUGUGAGGAGGAAACAGGCUGACCGGAGAUCGCGGGCGGUGGUCCAGAUGGAUGAAGCCAGGGAGCAGCACAUUACCAAGCUGCUAAACUCUGUCCAGAAUGAUCAUCAUGGCCCAGGGAGAGACAGCAGAGAUGCAAGAGCCUCUACUUCCAGAAACUGGCAGGCAGCUUCUAGUGAUAGUGGUCAUUGCUACUUUGAUGGAGAUCCUCCUGAAGAAGAGAAACUGAAGAUUGAGAUCAAAUCUGAAGAAGACGAAGAAGAAGAUGGCCAGAAGUCAACUACUCUUAAAUCCAAACGUUACUUCUCACAUGCAGUCCCUAAAGAUGAGACUCCAGACAGCUGGGAUGAUGAAGGGGAGCGGAAGCAGCAGCUGGAGGAGAAAGAGGAGAAAGAGAGACUGAGAAGGCAGGACAAGGAUCUGGAGUUCUUAUUCCAGGACAUAGUCAGAGACAGUCCACUAGACGACUCAUUGAAGAGAGAUUUGGAGAACAAGAAAUCAGAUCCAAAGUACAAGGAGAUGUUGAAAUUCAGAGAGAAACUCCCAUCCUAUGGGAAAAAAGAGGAGCUGGUGGAGCUGAUUAACUCAAACCGUGUCCUGGUGGUGAGUGGGGAAACAGGGUGUGGAAAGACAACCCAGGUCACCCAAUUCAUCCUUGACGACUACAUAAACAGAGGCGUGGGCUCAAUGUGUCGUGUGGUCUGCACACAGCCUCGCCGCAUCAGUGCCAUCUCGGUGGCAGAGCGUGUAGCUGCUGAGAGGGCAGAAAGUGUAGGCAAUGGAAACUCUUGUGGAUACCAAAUCCGUCUGCAGAGCCGGUUACCACGGAGACAAGGUUCAGUCCUGUACUGUACCACAGGAAUUAUUCUUCAGUGGCUUCGCUCAGACCCAUUAUUGUCCAGUAUCAGCCACCUGGUGCUGGACGAGAUCCACGAGAGAAACCUGCAAUCUGACGUGUUGCUCGUCAUCGUGAAGGAGCUCCUCAGCCUCCGAGAAGACCUCAAAGUGAUCCUCAUGAGUGCCACGCUCAACGCAGAGAAGUUCUCUAGAUAUUUUGACAACUGCCCAAUGAUCCAUAUCCCUGGAUUGACAUUCCCAGUGGAAGAGUUCCUACUUGAGGACAUUUUGGAGAUGACGAGUUAUCAGCCCAAGAGUCAGGACCGACGCCCCGCAUGGAAGAGACGCUUUUGGCAGGGGCGAAACUCCAGACCUGAGAAGGAGGAGAAGGAGAAUGAAUACCAUGAGAGCUGGCCUGCUUUUGGGCGCACACUGCAGGGCAGGUACUCUGACACCACCAUCCAGGCACUGGAGAAGUUGGACGAAGAUGAAAAGAUCGACUUGGAGCUGAUCCUGGCGCUUAUUCGCCACAUUGUGCUGAAUGAUGAGGAAGGAGCAAUUCUGGUCUUCCUGCCUGGCUGGGACAACAUCAGCAGUCUGAAUGACCUGCUAAUGGCUCAGCAGAUGUUCCGAUCAGACCGGUUCGUUAUCAUCCCUUUGCACUCUCUCAUGCCGACCGUUAAUCAGACGCAGGUGUUCAAAAGGCCUCCUCCAGGAGUUAGAAAGAUCGUGAUUGCUACCAAUAUAGCUGAGACCAGCAUCACCAUAGAUGACGUCGUCUACGUGAUAGAUGGAGGCAAGAUUAAGGAGACCAACUUCGACACCAACAACAACAUCAGCACUAUGACGGCCGAGUGGGUCAGCCUUGCCAAUGCCAAACAGAGGAAAGGCCGUGCGGGAAGAGUGUGUCCAGGGAAGUGCUAUCAUCUGUAUAACAGCCUCAGAGCCAGCCUACUGGAUGCUUAUCAAUUACCUGAAAUCAUGAGGACGCCGCUGGAGGAGCUCUGUCUGCAGAUCAAGAUAUUGAAGCUUGGGUCCAUCGCUCAUUUCCUGGCAAAAGCUCUGGACCCUCCAACUGAGAAGGCCGUCAACCUCGCCAUCAAGAACCUUGUAGACUUGAACGCCCUGGACCGUGAAGAGAACCUGACAGCCCUGGGUGUCCACCUGGCUCGUCUACCUGUGGAGCCUCACAUAGGCAAACUCAUCCUGUUCGGGGCUCUGCAAGGCUGCCUCGACCCUGUACUCACCAUCGCUGCUUCACUCAGCUUCAAAGACCCUUUCUUCAUCCCUCUGGGUAAAGAGAAGAUGGCAGACAUGAGGAGGAGGCAACUGUCAAGGAACUCGAAGAGUGACCACCUCACUAUAGUCAACGCCUUCCAGGGAUGGGAAGAAGCGAAGCGGCGUGGUGCCAGGUAUGAGAGGGAAUUCUGCUGGGACAACUUCUUGUCUGCAAAUACACUCCAGAUGCUGCACAACAUGAAGGGUCAGUUCGCUGAGCAUCUAAUGAAUGUAGGCUUUGUCAGCAGCAAGGACCCCAAAGACCCCAAAUCCAAUGUCAACUCAGAUAAUGAGAAGUUAAUCAAGGCGAUGAUUGUCGCUGGUCUGUACCCGAAGGUGGCCAUGAUAAGACCAUCAGCCAGCAAGAAGAGGCCGGGGGUGAAGGUGUACACCCAGGCUGAUGGGAAGGUGUGUAUCCAUCCGAAAUCUGUCAACGCAGAGGAGACCGAGUUCAACUAUACGUGGCUCAUCUACCACCUGAAGAUGAGGACGAGCAGUAUCUUCCUGUACGAUUGCACUGAGGUGUCCCCGUUCUCCCUGCUGUUCUUCGGAGGAGACAUCACAAUCCAGAAAGACGAGGACCAGGAGACGGUCGCCGUGGACCAGUGGAUCGUCUUUAGGUCGCCGGCACGCAUCGCUCACCUUGUCAAGAGUCUAAAGAAAGAGCUGGAUUCUCUGCUGGAGGAGAAAAUCCGCUGCCCCGCCCCUGUGGACUGGCAGAACCGACAAUCCAAAGACUGCGCUGUCAUCACAGCCAUCAUAGACCUCAUCACCACGCAGGAGAAGCCAUCAGGCAGCACUAAACCCUACAGCCGACCAUGGGCGUCUGGUCCGAGAGGACACCACAGUUACUUCAAUGACGACGACGAUGAUGACGAUGAUUAGAAGCGGCGUGGGUAGUUUUGGAGCCUGGGAAAAGACUAAAUGCGUCCUUGGGUACAGAAAGGUUAGCUUGGAUGGGUUUGAUAACCAGCUAGCCUCCUUGGCGGUGCUGCUAGGUUUACAUUUCAUUUUCCCCUGGUGCUCCUUAAGACCAAAACUAGGAUGCAAGAACUCAAGAAAAUGCGCACUUGAAUGACUCCCAAUGUAGUUUUUAUUUUUCCUACUUGGUCAUUAUUUUGCAAGGACCAAUCCACGUUCAAAAACACUUAGUAGCUUGUUUGUUUUAGUUCAGAUAAAGUCAUAUAAUAGACUUUAAAAUAAAUACAGUGUGUCCUGUUAGAGCUUUAUGGUUCAAGGUGAAAUUCUAAAAAUGACUACCUGGAGAAAUAAAGAUGGAGGCUUUUCUUUGGUCUCUUGCAGUGGUCCCUCCUCAGGGAAAAGAGAUAUCCUAUUGAUCUCAAAGAAUACAUAACAGGCUGAAGGGAUAAAGCUUUUAUUCAUGGUGUCAGAUUAAAAUACAAGGUUGACUAAGCAGGUUUCUGCAAUAUAAAUCUGUACUUUGGAAAACAUACAUAUUACAAUUCAGGCUGUUUUACAUAUUUACAUGUGCACCGAUGAUUUACAAUAGUUACAAGUUCCAGAAAGUGAUUGAAAUAAAGGUCAGUUCAUGCUCGCAGCUAA